UUUUGAUAUAGGUCUCAUGGCUCAGCACACUAGGAGCUAAAUUCACAGUAUCUCUGCUGCUCAUCAUCACCACAAUGGCAUUUCAAAUAUGUCAAGUCGCUGAGAAAAUGUGUAACACAUGCAUAAAUCUCAAGUUCUGAUUACAUGUGACUCCGGAGAAAUAAUUGGACUUGUCCCCUUUAAUUUCAAUUUCCGUGCGUGAUAUAUAUUGUGAUCACCUGUCAGAUACGGCGCCUGCGCACUAGAGUGGGAGGCGGAGUGGAUGCUGAUCGCUCUCUAUCUACUACCUUGUGCCCUCCAUCCCUCAGCGAUCAGGCACAUACGAACAGGGGAUAUCCGAAGAGGUUUGGGCGAGGAUGGGGAGACAGAUCUGCCGCUCAUGAAGGAAGUCUGAAGUAGAUGCUGAGCCAGAGGAGAGCCCAGGGAGCAGCAGCAGCAGCAGUAGUAGCAGCAGCAGUGGGGCUGUAGAUGCCCUCUCUACAGCUCCAACCCCAGCCCCCCACCAGGCCUCUGUGGGAGAACCAGGACAGAGAGGAGACAACUCCUGCUCUGACUCAGAGAGCCCUGUAGAUUCCAGCUCCUGUGAGGAGGACGAGGAGGACGAGGAAGAAGACCCCACUAUGUUCUCUUCCAAAUUUCUUAGCGGGGCAAACCCCCUCAGUGCUGUGUCCUCUGCAGUGAAUAGGUUUGGUUUAUUUGGGGAUGAUGGGGAGGGAGAUAAAAUUCAGAAAGCACCUUCUCAGCAGGCAGUUAAGCCAUCUGGAGAACAGCAGCAAGGAGCAGGUCCAGGCAAAGGCCCUCAACAGCAGCAGGGACCCCAAAGGUUUGGUGAGGGCCCCACUAUGCAAAAGAGCCAGCCUCCUCCUAAACAGGGAUCACCACAGCUGCAUGGGAAUAGACAAGCUGGACCCCCAAACAAGCCUGUUGGACAACAAAUUGGUCCAAAGACAGAGACACAUCAUGAAGACCAGCUUAAAGGACAGCCACAAAAGAGUCAACCUAAGGGCACACAGCAGCCUGGAACUCAACAACCCAAUCUGUCUAAGAGUAGUCCACAACCAGAAUCUCCAAAGCAGCUGCCACCUAAGACAGGGAUGCAACAAGGACCUGAUAAAACUGGUGCACACCAAGAACCUGCAAAGACUGGGGUGCAAGGGUCCACAAAGGCUGAGCAACAAAAAAUUGGCUCUCCGCAAAGGUCACCAAAAACUGGACAGCAAAAACAGGGCUCACCUAAAUUUGGACAACAGCAGCAAGGCCCCAGGACUACCCCCCAGCAGCAGUCCUCUGAUAAAUCUGGGCCUCAGCAACAAGGCUCUAAAGGACUGAGUAGUCCUGGCCUGGUUGGGUCAUCAUUACCAGGAGGAACCAAAGCCAGAUCUCAGUCCAAAGCUGUAGCUAAGUCCCUUUGCCCCGUAUGCAACACAACAGAACUUAAUAUGCAUACCAAGGAACCACCAAACCAUAAAACAUGUACACAGUGUAAAACUGAAGUGUGCAGCUUGUGUGGUUUCAGCCCUCCAGACUCUGAUGGGAGUGAGUGGCUUUGUCUUACCUGCCAGAUACAGAGAGCACAAGGAACUUCUGAUCCACUAGGACCUCCUACGAACAAGCCCGCACCCAGCAAAGCUUCUGCUGAUCAGAACCAGAUACCAUCUCCUGCUGCACCUGUCAAAAAAGAGAUGUCAGCCUCAGGUUCGCCUCAGAAAAUGCAGUCUACAUCAUCAAAAGCUCCAGCCAAGGGGGAAGCUGCUAAGGAAACAGAAAGUCAAAAACAGGCCAGUCCAGCAUCUGUUCAGAAAAUGACACCAGAGACCCAGAGAACACUAAGGUCUCAAAAACCAGACCAGACUAGUGAAACUGGACACAAGCAAAGCAUUCCCACCCCAGCUCCCCAGAAGGAGUCGGGCAGUUUAUUUGGCUUUGGUGCUAAAACUGAAGGUACAAAGCCUGAAGAGUCAGUGACUGGGAAGAUGUUUGGUUUUGGUUCCUCCAUUUUCAGCUCUGCAUCUACUUUGAUCACCUCAGCUGUUCAUGAUGAGCCUAAGACCACACCACCAUCUUCUCCCAAAAUGCAGUCUACAAAACAGACCAAACCACCUUCUGCUCAAAUGUCAGAGCAAGACAAGACACAACAGCAACCCCAGCAGGCAAAGGCUCAUCCAGUAGGACAGGGCAAAGUGGACAAAACUCCAUCAGAAACCCCAAAGUCAGCAGCAGCCUUCCACAGUGUUCCUAAAGCAGGGCAAUCCACUUGUCCACUCUGUAAGGCUGUGCUCAACAUGGGCUCAAAGGAGUCUCCCAACUACAAUACCUGCACUGAAUGCAAAAGCACAGUUUGUAACCAAUGUGGAUUUAACCCUAUGCCAAAUGUUAAAGAGGGUAAGGAAUGGCUUUGUCUGAACUGCCAGGUGAAACGGGCUGCUGAAGAAACUGAACAUCAGAAAGAAACAUCAUCAAAAAAGACUACUCCAGCACAACCUGCACUACAAAAGACUUCUGCACCACGAUCUCCGCAGAGGAAUGUGUCUACACCAGCAGCACAGCCACCUAAGACUGAAGCUGUUAAAGGACAAGAAAGUCAUAAACAAGCCAGCUCAUUUGUUGAGCAGAAAACACCUCAGGAGAGCCGAAAGACUGUUCCUCAGAAACUACCAGACCAGAUAAGUCAAGCUUCACAAAAGCAGGGAAGUGCGACUGCAACUAAACAGCAAGAUUCAGGAGGCUUCUUUGGUUUUGGUGGUCCAAAAACUCAGGCUGAUGCCGCAAAACCUACAGACUUGGUAACUGGGAAGAUGUUUGGUUUUGGUUCCUCCAUCUUCAGUUCUGCAUCCACUUUGAUCUCCUCAGCUGUUCAAGACGAGCCCAAAACUACACCACCAGUUUCUCCCAAAAUGCCUGCUCCAAAAGAUUCCAAAUCCCCCACUGCCAAGAAACCAGAACAGGAGAAGAAAGUAGACCAAGCCCAGCAGGAAAAGGAUUCUCCACCAGUACAGCCGAAAGCAGAUAAACCUCCAUCACAUUCGCCAAAGCAAGCAUCGUCUUCCUCAGUCAUUUCCAAAGCAGGCCAUUCUACCUGUCCUCUCUGUAAACUGGAACUCAAUGUAGGGUCUAAAGAUCCUCCUAACUACAACACUUGUACAGGAUGCAAAAGCAUUGUCUGUAACCAAUGUGGAUUUAACCCUGUGCCAAAUGUUAAAGAGGUGAAGGAGUGGUUAUGUCUCAACUGCCAGAUGCAGAGAGCACUAGGAGCAUCUGAGCCUCCAGGAACUCCCAUCAUGAAAGUACAAGCCUCACCAAGUAAAUCCCCUGCACUUGCCAAUGCACAAACGAAGGAAACUCGCCUGCUGGAUAAACCUCAAAAUAAAGAUAUUCUACCUGAAUCUAAAAUAAAGACUUCUGCACCAGGCUCCCCACAGAGGAAACCACCAGCACCGGCAGAGCAGCCGACAAAGGCUGAAGUCAGUAAAGGACCAGAAAGUCAGAAACAUGUCAGCCUAGCUUCUGGUCAGAAAGCUCCACAGGAGGGCACGAAGACAGGUAUUCAGAAACCACCAGACGAGACAAGUCCAGCCAGAAGUAAGAAGAGUAAUACUACCUCAGCUACACAAGAUGAAUCUGGAGGGUUCUUUGGAUUUGGCAGUCCUAAGCCUCAACCUGAAGCUACAAAGCCUGCUGAAUCACUGGGUGGGAAGAUGUUUGGCUUUGGUCCUUCCAUCUUCAGUUCUGCAUCCACUUUAAUAAACUCAACAGUCCAAGAUGAAUCCAAAACAACACCACCGGUUUCUCCCAAAUUGCCUGCCUCAAAGGCAACUAAAUUACCUCUUGCUCCGAAACAAGAGCAGGAGAAAAAACUAGAGCAAGUCCAACAGUGCAAGACCUCUCCAAUGCUACAACCCAAAGUAGAAAAAGAUCCAUCAGAGCCUCCAAAGAAUGUAGCUGCUUCCACAGGUGUUUUCAAGGCAGGACAAUCCACUUGUCCACUCUGUAAAGUAGAACUCAAUUUUGGCUCCAAGGAACCUCCCAACUACAACAACUGCACUGAAUGCAAGAGCACUGUCUGUAAUCAGUGUGGAUUUAAUCCAUUGCCAAACAUGUCAGAGGUAAAAGAAUGGUUAUGCCUAAACUGUCAGAUGCAGAGAGCUCUUGGUGCAUCUGAACCUGCUGGACCUCCUAUGAAACCCGACAGUGCAGCCAGCAAAAUUUCUCCAGCUGCUGAAUAUCAGAAGAUAACAGCUCCUAUUCAAGUGGAAUCCAUAAAGAAGGAAUUACCAAAAUCUGAUGUGCCUUCAAAGAUGGAGACUCAUGUACCUGAUACACUUCAAAAGAAGGGGAGUUCCACACCAGGUUCUCCUCGGAAGGUACAGCCUAUAGCAGUAACACAGGUGGCUAAAGUUACUAAAGGAACAGAAAGUGACACACAGACUAGCCCCACUCCUGGUCAGAAGACUCCUCUGGAUACCUCGGGGGUAUCAGUUUCUCAGAAACCAACUGACCAGGCAAGUAAACCUGUACUACAACAAAGUAAGGCCACCCCAGAUAUACAACAGGAGUCUGAAAACCUAUUUGGCUUGAGUGGUGCUAAAACUGGGCCUGAUGCCUCAAAAACAACAGAGUCCAUGACUGGAAAGAUGUUUGGCUUUAGUUCCUCUAUUCUCAGCUCAGCGUCCAAUUUGAUAUCAUCUACUGUUCAAGAAGAAUCACGUACUACACCACCGGGCUCUCGUAAGAUGUCUGCCCCAGCACAUGGCUCUCCCAAGAUGUCAGCUGUGCCCAAGAUUUCCCAAAAAACUACACCAACAGUUUCUCCUAAAAUGUCACCAGCAAGGGAGCCCAAAAGUCUUGCUCAGAAGCCAGAGCAGGAAAAGAAACCACAGGAGUCCAGUCAGAGCAAAGAGUACAGAGCUCCAUCAGAUCUACCAAAGGCAGCAACAGUCUGUCCACUGUGUAAGACUGAGCUAAACAUCAGCUCCAAAGAUCCUGUGAACUACAACACCUGCACCGAGUGCAAAACCACUGUCUGUAAUCAGUGUGGAUUUAACUCAAUGACUAUAGAAGAGGUAAAAGAAUGGUUAUGUCUUAACUGUCAAAUGAGAAGAGCAGUUGGAGCAUCUGAACAUCCAGGGCCUCCCACAGUGAAGUCCCAAACAUUACUCAGUAAAGUUCCUUCACCCACUGCAGUCCAGUUAAAGGAGUCUCCCAAACCCACUACAGCUCAGAAGGGCAGUCUAAAUCCUGCUGUACAAAAGAGGGAGCCUUCAGAACCAGUCUCACCACAGAGGAAACAAUUCACACCAUCAGUGCAGUCUGGCAAACCUGAAGUCGCCACUGAACCAUUGAAACAGGCCAGCCCAGCACCUGAUUAUAAAAAAACACAGGCGUCACAGCAAGAGUCAGGAGGCUUCUUUGGCUUUGGUGGUCCUAAAUCUCAGCCUGAUGCUGCAAAGCCUAGAGAGACAGUAACUGGGAAGAUGUUUGGCUUUGGUUCUUCCAUCUUCAGUUCUGCAUCUACUUUGAUAACAUCAUCUGUUCAGGACCACCCCAAGACCACUCCACCUGUUUCUCCUAAGAUGUCUCCUGCAAAAGAGAUCAAGUCCCCUGCUUCCCAAAAGCUGGAGCAGCAAAAGAAAAUAGAGCCAUCCCAGCAGACCAAGGCAUCUCCAUCAGCACAGACCAGAGUGGAUAAAGGCCCAUCAGAGCUUCUAAAGGGUGCACCAGUAGCUGUCAAACCAGGCCAGCCCACCUGUCCACUCUGUAAGGUCAAACUCAACAUGGGCUCCAAAGAUCUACCCAACUACAAUACCUGCACUGAAUGCAAAAACAUUGUCUGUAACCAGUGUGGAUUUAACCCUAUGCCCAGUGAAACAGUGAAAAAGGAGUGGUUGUGUCUCACCUGCCAGAUGCAGCGGGCUCUUGGAGUAACACAGCCUCAAGGAGUUGCUUCUGUCAAGCCUCAGAUACCUGCAAAUCCCCAAAAGAAAGACACCAUUGGCCCAACUGAACGUGAGAACAAAGACUCAUCAGCGCCACACUCACCUCAAAUGAAACCAACUGUAACAGCACAGCCAACUCAGGCUGCUGCCAAGCCAGAGGAUCAGAAACAGGCCAGCCCGGUUCCUUCACAGAAAAUGCCACAGGAGCACCAGAAAUCAUCAGAUCUUAUCAAAACACCAGACCAGACAAAGAAAACUGAACAUAAGAAGAGUGAUGACACAGCAGUAACACAGCAAGGCUUUGGCAGGGGUAAAAGUCAGGCUGAUGCAGCGAAGCCAUCAGAGUCAGUGACUGGAAAAAUGUUUGGCUUUGGUUCUUCUAUCUUCAGUUCUGCAUCUACUUUGAUUACUUCUGCUGUUCAGGACCAACCCAAGACCACUCCACCAGUUUCUCCCAAGAUGUCCCCAGCAAAAGAAAUCAAAUCUCCUGCUUCCCAGAAGAAAGUAGAACAGAAGAAGCCAGAACAACCACAGCAAACCAAAACUCCACCAUCAGUACAGGGCAAAGUGCGCAAAGAGCCUCCAAAAGCUGCAGCCUCCCAAGACACUAUCAACCCAGGCCGCUCCACCACCUGUCCACUCUGUAAGGUUCAGCUCAACAUGGGCUCUAAGGAUCCACCCAACUACAGUACCUGCACUGAAUGCAAGAACACUGUGUGCAACCAGUGUGGAUUUAACCCCAAGCCAAAUGUGUCAGAAAUGAAGGAGUGGUUGUGUCUGACUUGCCAGAUGCAAAGAGCUCUCACAGCAGCCGAAUCAAUAGAACCGCUACCAAUGAAACCCCAGGCAUCACCCAGCAAAGUGUCCGCAUCUGCUGCUGCCCAGAAAGACACCACUGCCAAUCCAAAAAAAGAUAGUAUUUCCACAAAGAAAGCAGAAAUGACAGACAAAAAUCAGAAAGACAGUCAAAUACCAAGUGCUCCACAACAGAAAGAAGAAACUAAAGCCCCAUCUACACAAGAAACCACAGGCACUGUUUCAGCCCCAACAAAAGAGGAGAAAACUGGUUCACCACCUACCAAGGAGGUUCCACCCCCCUCUGUACCUCCCACCAAAGUGAUGACAACCGUAGUUUUAGACUUAAAUAAAUCACUGCCCACUGAAGCUCCUCCUGUCAGCACAGAUAUUGAAACUUCUUUCCAGAAGAAAAAGGAUCUCAUUCCACCAGGUUCUCCUGCGACUAAAAAAGUAUCAGAGAGGACACAGGAGAAAGCUGAAAUGGUUAAGAAAUCAGCUGAUCAACUAAUCAAACCCUUUGAUCCCAAAGCCCCUGACAAAGAGUCAAACCUUGUUGAAAGAUCACUUGCCACAUCUGAUCCUUCAGCAGCACGACCAACAAACCAAGAAUCAGGAGGUUUCUUCAGCUUUGGUAGUCCUAAAUCUCAGCGAGCUGCCUCAAAAACUACUGAAGCAGUGACUGGGAAAAUGUUGGGAUUUGGUUCAUCCAUUUUCAGCUCAGCAUCAAAUUUGAUAACAUCUGCAGUUCAGGAUGAAUCCCACACAACUCCACCAAGUUCACGCAAAAUGUCUGCCCCAGCACAAGUCUCUGACAAGAUGUCACCUUCUCCAAAGUCAAGUCCCCCAGUUUUUCAGAAGAUGACUUCGGCAACUCCUGCUUCUCGCAAACCACAUCUGGAUAAGCCGCCAGACCAACUUCAACAAGCCAGGUCUCUUGAAUCAGAACAGACCAAAGUGAACAAAGUUCCAUCAGAGCCUGCAAAACCAGAAGCCCUCCAAGCGGCUCCCGAUGUGGGUCAGUCUACUUGUCCACUCUGUAAGGUGGAGCUUAACAUGGGCUCCAAGGAUCUACCCAACUAUAAUACCUGCACUGGAUGCAAAGCCACUGUCUGCAACAAAUGUGGAUUUAAUCCUAUGCCAAGUGUAGCAGAGGUAAAGGAAUGGCUUUGUCUCAACUGCCAGAUGCAGAGAGCACUUGGAGCUUCUGAGCCUCCUGGUCUUCCCAUGAUAAAACCCCUCCUUCAGGAGAACCAUCCAAAGGACAACCUGGUGCACCCCAAUGUCCAUAAAACUACACCACCGACUCCACGCAUUACAGGUCAUGUUUCUCCUAAAACUACACCACCGACUCCACGAAAGAUGUCCAUUACAGCUCAUGUUUCUCCUAAAACUACACCACCAAUUCUACAAAAGAUGUCCAUUACAGGUCAUGUUUCUCCUAAAACCACACCACCGGCUUCUCCCAAAACUUUACCUGCAAAGGACACCAAGCCCCCUGCUGCUCAGAAAGUGGAGGAGAAGAAACCAGAAAAACCACAGCAGGAAAAGACUCCUUCAACAGUCCAAGCCAAAGUGGAUCAAGUUCCACCAGUGUCCCCCAAGGAACCAACAGACACCCAAGGUGCUCCAAAAGCAGAGCAGCCUCUCUGUCCACUCUGUAAGGUCAAACUCAACAAGGACUCCAAAGACCCUCCCAACUACAACACUUGCACUGAAUGCAAGACUACUGUCUGCAACCAGUGUGGAUUUAAUCCAAUGCCAAAUGUAGCAGAGGUAAAGGAAUGGCUUUGUCUAAAUUGCCAGAUGCAGAGAGCCCUUAAAGCACCAGAGCACACUGGACUUCAUGUAAUGACACCACAACCCUCCCCAAGCAAUAUUACACCUCCUGUUUCUGAACAAAAGGACACACUGACAUCAGUCCAGAAGGAGAAGUCUACAGUGCCUGCAGCAGAAGAGAUCACGCCAGCACCUCCACACAUAAAAGAACUUCAAAAAUCAGAGACCCAAAUCCUUUCAUGUAUUGAACAAAGGCAAGCUCAGGAUUUGACUACUCCAAAGCCAGAAGAAAAGGCAGGUCUGGCAAAGCAAGAGCCUGGUAAACCACCACAUCAGCCCUCAACAGCUGUAACCCCUCCUGCCAAAUCUGCACUACCACCAGCUCAACCUGCUAAACAGGAAUCAGGAGGCUUCUUUGGAUUUGGAGGUUCUAAAACUGAAGCUGCAAAGCCUGCUGAGUCAGUGACUGGGAAGAUGUUUGGUUUUGGUUCCUCUAUUUUCAGCUCUGCAUCUACUUUAAUAUCCUCAGCUGUUCAGGAAGAACCUAAAACUACACCACCUACUCCACGUAAGAUGUCUGAUGCAGCUCAUGUCAAUCCCAAAUCUACACCUCCAGUUUCUCCCAAGAUGCCUCCUGCAAAGUUAAAACCAGAGCUACCUCAACAGGCCAAGCCUGCUCCAGCAGGACAGGCCAAAGAAGAGAAAGCUCCAGCAAAGCCUUUAGAAGCAGCCCAAGUUGGUUCUAAGGCAGGCCUGUCCACCUGUCCACUCUGCAAGGUCGAACUUAAUGUGGGUUCCAAGGAUCCACCCAAUUACAACACCUGCACAGAAUGCAAGAACAUUGUCUGCAGUCUUUGUGGAUUCGACCCCAUGCCUCAUACAGCAGUGAAGGAAUGGCUGUGUCUGAACUGCCAAACUCAACGGGCUUUGUUGGGACAACUGGGAGACUCAGGAAAAAUGCCUCAGCCUUUGUCUGUAUCUGCCAAGCCAGAGAUUCAGUCCACACCUGCAACCAAAAAGGCAGAACCCAAACCUGCAAUCACAAAAGCAGAGCCCACUCCUACAGCCACAAAAUCACAGUCCACACCUGCUCCAAUCAUAGCCGGACCGACAGUUCUGUCGCAAAAAGCAAAGAUGGAACCUACAUCUAUCAAGAUAGAAACAACAUCUACAGCAGCUUCCACACUAAUUGAGCUUAAGGCCACACUCCUACCCACAGCAGCAAAGGUUUCACCUGCUACUGAAGAAACACAGCCUUUUUCAGUAACCACAGUAGAACCCACCAUACCAACUAUGGCCCCUGUGCAACAUACAGUAGCAACACCAAAGGUUGAAGUGCCAAAAACAGAUGUUCCUAAGAGUCUAACAGUGCAAACUAAAGAAGAGGCAGUGAAAAUGGAAAGUGUAACAGAAUUUUCUAAACCUGAAGAGUUUAAAACUGACCUUCCAAAAGUCAAAGUUGAAACAGAUGUAUCUGCAGUCUUCUUCCCAGAGGCAGAGGCUACACUACCUACCUCUCCUGUUGCUGCAGAAGAUAUGCCUGGUGUUGAGACUGAAACAAAAAUAGAUUUUUCUUCUCCAGAGAGGAUUAUCAAGGAAGUACACCUUGAUGAUCAUGUCAAACUGACAGAGCCAUCACAGUCUUUACAGCAAGUUGAGGUGCAACCUAAAUCACAAGAACCACUGCCCAUUUUGGAAGCAGAAACUGUGAUGGAAGCUGAUACCAUAGAAGUGGCUGAUAAGUUGGCUGAAAAGAUUAGUGGGAUCACCUCAACUCCAGAGACACAACCAGUAUCUACACACAUCAUGAUAAAUGAGCAAGAUGAACCCAAAAGAGAGCCCUUGAAAGAAAGAAAGGCCUUCCUACCUGCUGGCCAGGUUACAUUGGAAAAGAUAUCUUUCCUAGGGACAGAUCUUAUACCUAAAUCAGAAGAGCAGGAUGAAGAGCAACCCCAGAUUUUACCCAUGUCACAAGAAUUAAAGGAUGCACAAGUGGUUAGUGGAACAAAUAAAAAUGAUAUAAAUAUUGAAUCACCCAUGCCAGUGAAGGAGGGGAGGGAAACUGAGAGAAGGCGCCUAAGUUUCCAAGCAAUGGAUGAAAGCAGUGAAAGUGAGCUGACACCCUCACCCUCACCUAAAGUCCAGAAGAGGAGGUUGAAAGUGACAAAUCUUUCAUCCAGCAAUGAGGAUAUUAAAACUGAAAGUGCUGACUCCCCUGUUGAAGAUGAAGAUUUUAUCCGCAAGCAGAUAAUGGGCAUGGGUGAUGAAGAACAAAUGUCUUUUUCAGAAGAUGAAAAAGAAAAGAAUUUGGUGAACGAGGAAGCUAUCAAGGAGGCUGAGCUUGACAAUGCCUCAAUGGCAGCCAAAUCACUGCUGAGAGAAGGUAGCACAGAUAAUGAAGACAGUCUAGCCAGGACAAAAGCCAUCCCAAAAACUAGCACUGCAACUACACAAGAUGUUCCUGAAACAAUGCCCGGCAUGACAUUCAAGAAAGCUAUUCCAGUAAUGAGACAGAGACAAAGCACUGAUGAAGAAGUAGAGAGCAUCACAGAAUCCCUGUCAAAGGGAUCAUCUAGUGUUCAGGCAUCUAGCUUUACUCCAGAAACUUCACCUACAUCAGCCUCAUCUCUGGAGGAGGAUAGUGAUAGCAGCCCCAGUCACAGGAAAGUCAGUGGAGACAAACAGCAUCGCAGAGGUAAGCACAGGCAGUCGACCCAGCCUUUGCCCACCAUUGAAGACUCCUCUGAGGAAGAUAAGAUGAGAAAUGAUGACAAAUCUAGGAAAGACAAAGAUGAAUUUAGGGCCCACAGUCAAACACUGUCUCCAAGUGAUGAUGCUUCUUCCACAGAGGAUCUGAGACAGGUCAUUGUAAUGGAUGAAACCUAUAGAGUAUCUGGCUUUGAGCACUCUGCUAGUUUAGAAUCUGAACUAGAGGCUAGGCGAGCUGUACAGAGAGGACGUAAGCCUUCACCAACAGUGAUUCCAUACACUCCUUCAGAUCCAUUUACAGAAAAUGAUACAGUGAAAAAAUCACUUAAGAGUGCUGAAGAAGCAUAUGAGGAAAUUAUUCAGAAGGCAAAAGCUAUUCCAGGGGAGAGUCCUCCUGAUAUUGAGCCUCUCUAUGGAGGAAUGGCAAUCGAGGACUAUCUUUACGAAUCUUUAGUUGAGGAGCCUGAAAUUAAGAUGAGUGAAUCUCAAAAUGAAGAAACCAAACAGGAUAUCAGCUCUGAAUCAUAUAAAAAGCUGAGGUCUCCAGAAGAGGUUUAUGAGGAAAUGAUGCAAAAAAAGAGAGAGCUGAUGAUGAUAGAGCAAGAGUUUCAACAGGCCCAAACUGCCAUGGAGACUUCCUCAUCAGAAGCUUUAGUCACUGGGUCUCCCUCUAUUACAGAGACAUGUGUGGUGGCCAUACCCACAGAAGAGACAUCCUUGACUGGGCAAACUGAUAUGCCUUUUACAGGCAUUGAAAUGUCCACUGACUUACCAGCAAAGAAAAAGAAACGACCAGCUCCACCGCGACCUUCUGAGCCACCUAAGUACCCUGAGGUGACUGUUAUUCUGAGUACUCCCAGUGGAUCUAUAGGUUUUGUUAGGCCUAUGAUUCCUCAAGAUCCUGCACUCAUAAAAGCACUAUUCCCCAUACCAGACCUCAAGAUUACCCAGUGCUCAUCUGGGGAGGAAGAGGAUGACAGCCUUGCAGACGAGUAUGGUGUUGGGAUUUCUUCUGACAUUACCCCUAGUGAUGACUCUGAGACUAAAGAAGAUCUAUCCAUAAGCCCACCUUUGUCUGAAACCACUGAGAUGGAACCUAUCUGUGUGGUUUGUGAAAUUCCAGAGCCAAAACCUAUUCCAACUCCAAUAUCAGCCCCGGAGCUAAUAACUACACCUUCCACCAUAUCACCAGUGUCACCUCCAACUUCACCAGCUACUCCAGAUUCUAAUUUGGCUUCUAAUACUACAUCUUCAUCCUCAUUCCAGGCUCAAACACCUCUUUCAUCAGAUUCAAUUCCACUGUCUACGCCAACACCUCCAUCUUCAUUUGUAAUCCAGUCACCUUCAGAGAUCUUGAUACCAUCACCCACUACAGUUUCAUUAGUACCAUUUAAUGAGGCUUCAGUCUCUUGUCCCAUUCCAACCACAGUUAUAGUUACAAUACCAGAUGUGGUGUCUGAUCCAUCCAAAGCUCAAACAGCUGCAGUAUUUAAGACAUCUACAGCAGAAUCCCCAACUAAAGUUCCACUGGAAAUGUCUACUCCUGAACCUGUUGUGGUCCAAAUGCCAGACUUGGUUUCAUCUCCAUCUCAGGUGCCUAUUGAAGCUUCAGCUGUUAUGCAGGUCUCAUCACCAAGUUCAGCACCUGUUGUUGUUUCAGCUCAACCUACAGCCCUAGUUAGAGCUACCCCUACUGCAGUUUUCACUCCAGCUUCAGCUCAGGUUAUUUCUGCUUCUGUCACUUUGACCUCAAGCCCUGGGCCAGUCAUAGUCCAGAUGCCUGACCUGGUUUCAACUACAUCUCCAAUCUCUACACAAACCCCACUACCAGUCUCAGCACUCAUAACUAUCCCGGUUCAAGCCCAAGCCAAAGUGGCACACUCAGUCCCUGUGCAACCAGCCAUCCCAUCAAUGACCCCAGUGGUAGUUCCAGCUUUGGCUCAUGCACCCCAGGUGCCUAUACCAGCUCCAGCAUCAACUACUAUAGUAAAAAAGAAAGUCCCACCCCCUCCUCCCCCUCGGUCUACCUCAGUGUCAUUACCUGAGCCUGACACAGAGCGGCAGCUUGUAAGAACUGUUCAGCAUGUCACCCCUACUGUGACCACUACCACAGCUAUGAAAACCACAAUGACUGGCCAGCCAAUGCAGUCUGUAGUUGUGGAUAUACAACCAAGAAUGGAAGAUAUACAACCAGAUAGUGUUGCUGUACCACAAAUAGUGACCCCAACCAGACAGGGGCAUGUAGUCAUCAUAGUGCCCAGUAUGGAAAGCCCAUCUUUGCUUGGACAAACCCCACAAGAUAUAACUGCUUCUCUAUCACAAGUCAGUCAAAUAGCCACACACUCUGCUUUGGAUAUACCGAACACAGGUAAAGUUUCACUAUCCAAUGAGGUGCCAGUAGUACCAGUAGCUUCAGCUCCACCACUUCCGCCUAAACCCAUGGCAGGGACAAAAGUUAUGGACACAGUAGAACUAUCUCCUGCUACUGGAGGUCAACACAUAGCAGAUAAACCUCUGCCACAUCCUACUACAUUACCCAAGCCAGCUAUUUAUCCAAGGCCACUGGUUCCCACUGAAGUGACUACUGCUACAGAAACAGUAGCACACAUUUCUAUUACAACAACUGGCUCUAGUCAUAUUUCCAAGCCUCCUCCACCCAUACCACCUAAGCCUAUAUCAAUUCCAGCUGGGCUAGUUUUCAGCCACAAGCCAGGAGAGAGCGUCAAGCCACCACCUCCUCCUGUGGCCCCUAAAGCUGCAACACUACCUAGGACCAAAGCACCUCCAAGUGCUCUGUCACUUAGCCUGACACAACCUGUGGCAUCUAAACAAGGUGCAGCAUCUCCUAAGUCACCUUUGUCUCCUAGACAUGCCAAAUGUUUGCAAACAUAUGUGGUGAUAACCCUUCCAUCUGAGCCUGGCUCACCAACAGAGAGUGUAACAGUCCAAGCACCUGUAAGACGGGGGUCCAUCCCAUCUACAAAAGUGUCAGGGGUACGGACCACACCUUCAGAGCAGAAAACACCCACUGAGGCAUUCUCAACACAGGUUACAGUUAGAAGAGCCUCUGUCCCCACUAUAAGGCAUCCAUCUCCAAUACCCAUACCUCCAAGUGAAGCAGUAGAGCAAAUGACACCUUCUGAGGGAGUGGCUGCUAAACUGCAAAGCAGGACAGACUCUGUGCCUUCUAUAGUGGAACCACCACCAUGUGUGGCUGAUGUCAGCACAGUGUCAGGUCAUGACACAUCCAUUCAGGUACAUAGUGUACAUCGUCCAAUUAAGAAACCAUAUGUGCAGCAACAACAGCCAAUUAUACAACCACUUCCACCAUCCCAAACAAUGUCUGAGGUCAUUACAAUUCCCCCAGAACCACAGGUGGUCAUUCAACCACUAACAGUCCAAGUCACAGCAAGACCACAUUCUAUGCCAUCUCUUGUUCAGCAUCCAAACAUAGACACAGAGGUCAUAACCAUUUCACCGGAUGUUUCAGUUGAAGCACUUGUUCCACGGGCCCCAUUACCAACUGUACCUCUGCGGCCACAGCCAUGCACAGAAGUUGUUGCUGUACCACGACAGCCUGAGGUACCUUUAGAUGAAUUAGUUUCCCGAGAUAGAUCAGCUACAGUCCCCUCAACUGUUAUUUAUCCACAAGUUGCAACUCAAAGAGAAAUGUUACAAAAAGAAAAGGUUCUGCCUACUGAUGUUAAUAUCACCGAGGCAGUUAGAAUAAGAUCACCAAUUCCAGGAGUGAGUCAGAAAAUUCCUGUUAAAGAGCAACUUAUUGCAGUUAAUGCAGAAUUACCUACAAGUACUCACACCAUUGCAGAACCCCUAUCAGUACCACAAACUGUUCAGCCUUCAGAAUGUCUGCCUAUAUUGAGAGAGCAGCCAGAUUAUGUAUCUGAAGUAGUGAUCCUCCCUACAAAGUCCGAAUUACCUACAGAGGUUAUUACUACGGACACUGCUGUUAAAAUACCAGGAGUAGCAACAGUAUCUCCAUUACCCUAUUCUUUACCUGUAGCAGCUGAAUUUACCCCAACACCUCAAAUAGCCAAGUCUGUGCCACUAACUACAGAUGAUAAGAUAAUAUCUUCCACAUUGAUUGAAUUAACAAAAUCACCUGUUGUGAUGCAAGUCCAACAAAUGACAGUGCAGUCAGAAGUACCCCCUGUUACUUAUAUACCCCAAGUCUAUGGACCAAUUACAUCUUCAGUCAUGUCACAUUCAACAACACCACUGGAUGUCAUAGCACUGCAGCCUGAACAUGAGACACCCAUAGAGAUUAUGACAAAGGACGUUGAUGUAAGAAAUGCUUCACCACUUAUGAUGCAGCUUCAGGGAGGGGCUGGGAUGCCAGCUGGAGUUAUUACAACUGAAGAAACCACCAGUAGGAGGAGGACAUCUAUAUCAUCUGUAGUACAACCAACAUAUACCAUAAGUGAGGUACUUGCCUAUCCUACAGAGUCUGAAAUUCCCACACAGGUGGUUACAACUGAGGAAUUUGCUUCCACCAGGAGAGGAUCCAUAGCCAUGCAGCAACCAUUGCCAUUGGCACAGGUAGUUAACUUGCCAGCUGAAAAAGAUCUUCCCACUGGCAUAUAUGGUGUUCAGGUUCCCUACAAGAAAGGAUCUAUUCCUUCAACAGAACAACAACCACUGACAUUAACUUAUUCAUCAGAAUAUGAUCAGCCUCUGGAGAUAAUAACCACUGAGGCGCAUACCAGGAGAACAUCAGUGCCCACUGCACAGGACAUUGUUCAGGGUGUAACUGUGGCUCCAGUCACUAUCGCUAAAAAGUCAAUAGAGAGUCAAGCGAUUCAGGGGCCAGAAAAUGUGGUCUCCAGUAUGAGUCACAUGUAUUCUUCUUCCAUUUCCACUUCAGGUCAGCCACCUGAAAGCCUGCCUAGCCUGGUCACCCAGGUGGUCACCACUGAAGUCCAGAGGACCACUGUUUCAGUUGUCCAUGAAAGACAUCCAUAUGUCCCUCCACCUAGUGUAGCAAUCACUAUACAACCAGACAUAGCUAAAGUCCAACCUCUGCCAAAACAGAAUGGAAAGAUAUAUCCUGAGGAUAUUGUCGAUUUACGCACUAUGAGGGUUGGUAUAAAGAUGACUAAACAAGGCAUGGACCUGACACCACCUGAAUCAUGUAGGCAGUCUUUUUCAAAUGAGCCUAGUGGACAUCAAAUCACAGCAGUGCAGCCUGAGAUAGUAAACCUUAGUCCAGAAAUUAUCCCUGCAACAACACUGUCUGUUGUCACUGACAGCAUCACAAUAGUCACAUGCACAGCCACUAUUGCUUCAUAUAAUAAAACUCCAGCAGAGAAACCACUUGACAUACAGGGCCCGGUUACAUCAUUACCUCUGCAUCUCACUACAUACAAACCAUUUGAACCACUAGCACAGAUUGUAUACAGACCUGUGAAGUCUCAGUCCAUAGUCAGGGCUGUAACAUCACCCAUGGCUCAAGAUAUACCCAUUAAUCUUUCCUUUGGAGCUUUGGUUUCACCAGGAGUCAAACAGCCAGUGACUUCAGUCCCAGCAGCUCUCAGCAGUGGAGGGCCUGUCCUUUCUUUAGAGGCCACAGGGGCCAUGGAUCUGUCAAACUACAGACCAGCGAGAGCUAUGGUAGCUUUGUCUGGCACAAGCCCAGGAGUGGUGACCACCAUUGUAGAGGAUGAUGGGGCUCCAGUCGACCUUACGGCUGGUAGAAGGAGUGUAUGCUGUGAUGUCAUUUACAAGCUGCCAUUUACAGGAAGCUGCAGAACACAGCCCCCAGUUACAAGCCAGCCUGACAACCGUUUUGGUUAUAGAGAUGACCACUACCAAUAUGAUAAUGCUGGAAUUUAUGGUAUCAAAGGCAUGAAUGGCAUAAAAACAUCAAUGUCUGAGUCCAACCUGAGAGAGGCAGGAUUGUUCUCAUAUGAUCCCAAGAAUGACUUUGACUAUCUCAGUGGAUCUUCAGAUGGAGCUAUAGACCUCACUGCUGCCAGACUUUCUGCUGGUAAAGCUCUAGACUACACUAGCAAAGCUACUGGAGUCUACCCUGGGAUGACUACAGCUCCAUACUCCCAGGUCCCUGCAGCUGGGUUUGGUGUAAAUAGUGUUCUGAGAACCUCAGAUGGGAUAGUUUACUCCUCUGUUUCUGCCCAAGUUCCAUCUACGUAUGCAAUUACAACUCAGCCAGGCUCCAUCUUUAGCACUGCUUUAACACCUACAUCAACAACAGUCCAGAACCAGUCAUUUUCGCAUCCAUAUAGCUUCAUUCCUCCUACAGACCCAGAACAGAUUAUUCCUUUUGACACUGGUCUACCUAAGGAGCUUCUACCCAGAGCUCUGGCUGACAUCAUAACAGGCUAUCCGGACAUGUACUCAGACACCACCCUGGAAGCAAUUGCUGCCUCUCUGGAUGUCUUAGCUUCUUCCCCAAUAUUCCCUGGCUUAGACAACACCAAGAUGGCCCAAUAUCAAGUGGAGAGGGAGUUUCUAGAGCUAGAGAAGCUUAAGCAACUCUGUCUAGCUGAGGAGCUUGAGUGGGAGAGGCAGGAGAUCCAGCGUUACCGUGAACAGGAGCAAUUUAUGGUCCAAAGGGAACUUGAAGAGCUUCAAGCUCUGAAACAGCAGCUUCUCUUACAGCAGGAGGAAGAGCACCAUGCCCACAUGGUGGCCCAGCAGGAGACAUAUGCACAGCAAAAAGAGCAGCUUCAGCAAAUCCAACAACUCCAACUGCAACUCCAGCGACAGCUAGAUGAGCACUAUGGUACCAGUGGUACUACAGGAAAGCUUAUAGAUGCUAAAUAUGCAGGGGUAGGAGACAGUGGCCAGUAUUGGCCUGUCAAAGAUGAGUCUACAACACUAUCUGCUGGGACACAGUUAGAAGAAAGUCAGAAGCUUCAAGCUGAUCAGGACACAGGAAAAAAAAUAAUUGAUAGUGGAGUGCAGACAGAUGAUGAAGACUCAGCAGAAAAGCAGCAUGUAGGAAGGAAAAAGAAGAACAAGAGAAAUAUUGACAGCUCAGCUCAGAGUGAUGAUGAGGACCAGGAUGAAUGGGAUGCACCCACCAAAGCUCGGCGACGCUCUCGGAAACAUAGCAGUGAUGGGAAACAUGGGUCUAAGGUCUCUAGCAUUGCAAUCCAGACAGUCGCGGAGAUAUCUGUCCAGACUGACCACUCUGGAACUAUCAAAAGACCCAAUGUCCAGAUGGACACUAAAGUGGAAAUCAUCAAGCACAUCUCAGCUCCAGAGAACUCUCAGAGAGGUGGAAGUCUGAGCUGUCAAACAGACUCAGACAGAAGGCAUACCAUUGAUGCAGGCUACAGCACACACCUAACAGUAGAUGCCCCUUCUAAGUCUAAAGUCUUCUACUCCCCAGUCUCCCCCAUGUCUCCAGAAAAGUCACUUGGAGGCCAAAGAAUGCUGACGGCUGACCCAACCAGAUUUUCGUCUGGCCCUCAGAUAUUAAAGGCUGGUCAUAAGUCUCUAUCUGAUCCUAAAUCCCUCAGUUCUACCAGAGAAGAGCGGAUGGUUGGAUACUAUGCAGACAGCUAUUCUGGCCGAGGCUCUCCCUCUGGUACAGGUAAAAAGGUAAAACGUACACUACCAGACCCCCCUCCUGAGGAUGACUCUCUGAUAGGAAGGUCAGGCUACAGCACCAACUCUGCUCGUCGCCGUCUUGCCCGCAGUACAACAAUUGCCCGGGCAAAGAUCCUGCAGGACAUUGACAAGGAGCUUGAUCUGGUAGAGAGAGAAUCUUCUAAGUUGCGCAAGAAACAAGCUGAGCUAGAUGAAGAAGAAAAAGAGAUUGAUGCCAAACUCCGGUACCUGGAGAUGGGUAUCAACCGACGCAAGGAGGCCCUGCUGAAGGAAAGAGAGAAGAGGGAAAGGGCCUAUCUACAAGGGGUGGCAGAAGAAAGAGACUACAUGUCAGAUAGUGAGGUUAGCAACAUCAGAGAGGCCAGGGGUGAUGGCAUGGAGAGACCACGGACAGCUCCCCAGUCUGAGUUUGACCAAUUCAUCCCCCCACAGACAGAAGCCGAUUCCCAAUACAACACACUAACUAGUCCCUACUCUCACUAUGCCCAGUAUAGUCCCCAGACCCAAACCACCAGCCAUUACACCCAGCAGAAUCUAUAUCAGCAGCAGUCCCUUUACCACCAACAAGUGUCUCCUUACACAAGCCUAUCACUCUCCCAUGCCCAGGCUCAACCUAGUAGCUAUCAACAUGCUCUGCUUUUGCAGCAGGGGAAGCAGCGACAAACCACCUUGUCUGAUUUAGAGCCUAAGAUCACCACCAACUAUGAAGUGAUACGCAACCAGCCUCUGCUCAUUGUGCCAACCUCGACAGAAAGCGGCUAUGGUGUGGCUCACCUGGGGGGCAAGUAUGGCAGCUUGGAUUUGAGGCUAGGGCUAGAGGAGAGGAGCAUGGCCUCUAGUCCCAUGUCGAGUAUUUCUGCCGAUUCUUUCUAUACCGAUAUUGACCACCAUAAUACCAGAAAUUAUGUGCUAAUAGAGGAUAUAGGAGAGCUCACCAAGGCCUCAACAGGGUUGAGUAAUACUGGUUUGGGUUCUGGAUUCAAUCUUCCUGAUAAGGAGUUGUCCAAGGCAGACAGACUACUCAGGGCAGCAGAAAUCAGACGCACAGCAGAGGUGGCAGACUUCCUAGGGUCAUCUCAGCUGCAGGGUUACAGUAAAGGAGAAGAUGAUACCAUGGAGGAGCCAUUUGAGCUGAAGCUACUCAAGCAGCAGAUCAAGCAGGAGUUCAGGCGAGGAACUGAGGGACUAGAACAUCUAACAGGCCUGGGCCUGCCCCACUAUCUCCCCAGUGAUAGCAGUUUUCGCCAUUUCCCUAAAGGAGAGAAAUACAGCAUUAGCAGGCUCACCCUUGAAAAACAAGCUGCAAAGCAACUCCCAGCAGCUGUGCUGUACCAGAAACAGAUGAAAAAUAAAAAGGCCCUAAUUGACCCAAAGGCCAUUACAAAAUUUUCCCCAAUUCAAGAGAGUAGGGACCUGGAGCCUGACUUUGGCAGCUACAUGGGAUCUGGGGCCUCCUCUGUGACAAAUCUGGCUGCUAGGGCUAGGUUGCUUCAGGAUGAGAUUACAUUUGGGCUAAGAAAGAACUUGUCUGAGCAGCAAAAAUAUUUGGGCUCCUCUCUGGGGGCCAACCUAGCUGGUUCUCUUAAUCUUGGGCAGUCCCUUGGACUGGCAUCAACUAUCAGGGCCACUGCUCAGGAUGAUGGCACCUACCCAAGUGGCACCCGUUCUCGGCCUUCAUCACGCCCCUCCUCCCGCCCCGCUUCUGUCUAUGGCUUGGAUCUAUCUAUCAAACGGGACCUAUCCAGCUCCUCACUCAGACUUAAAACAGAGGGGGAGGCCCUGGAUGCAACAUUUGCCCCUGGGGUGACCAGAGCAAAACCUACCAGUUUACCUAUCAGCCAAAGCCGGGGCCGUAUCCCCAUUGUGGCUCAGAACUCUGAGGAGGAGAGCCCUCUGAGCCCAGUGGGGCAGCCCAUGGGUAUGUCUAGAGCCUCAGCUGGACCUCUCCCUCCCAUCUCUGCUGACUCCAGGGAUCAAUUUGGGUCUAGCCAUUCUCUGCCAGAGGUACAACAACAUAUGAGGGAGGAAUCUCGGACACAUGGCUAUGAUCGAGACAUAGCAUUCAUCAUGGAUGACUUGCAAGGCGCUAUGUCUGACAGUGAAGCAUACCAUCUGAGAAGAGAAGACACUGAUUGGUUUGAUAAGCCAAGAGAAGGGCAGCUGCAGGGUGGGUCAGACAGGAGACAGACGAAAUUGGUCCCCUAUGCCUUCCCUCACACUCGCAUCAAGCUUAAGAGAGAUCUCACAGACACCAGUGUGUCAGGGAAUGGUCUAGGGAUCCGUGUGGUAGGUGGGAAGGAGAUUCCAGGGAGCCGAGGAGAGAUUGGAGCCUACAUUGCCAAGGUUAUCCCUGGUGGUGUGGCAGAGCAAGCAGGAAGAGUUGCAGAGGGAAUGCAGGUGAUGGAGUGGAACAGGGUCCCUCUGACGGGAAAGACUUAUGAAGAAGUGCAGUGCAUCAUGGGCCAGCCAUGUGCAGAGGCAGAGCUUUGUGUGAGACUCGACCUUAAUAUGCUGUCUGACCCUGACCACCCACAAGCCCUGGAGCAUCAUGUUCAGCUUAAGGCUGGUGGACAGCGGUCCCCAGGUGUGGAUCCAAAGCAACUGGCUGCAGAGCUGCAGAAGGUGUCCCAGCAGCAGGCUCCUGGUGUGGCUGGUACAGGGGUUGGGCCUGGCAGCUUGGAAGUCCUCUCUGCGCUGGAGCGUUCAGCCCUUCUCCACUCUGGUACUGGAUCAGCUGCCUCUAGCGGUGUCCCAAGCCCCGGCCAGCCUGCGUCACCUGCCAUAAACAAAAAACAGCGACACAAGCCAACAGAGGGGAUGAAGAUGCCCCAUCCCAUCACUGGAGAAAUUCAGCUCCAGAUCAACUAUGACAGAAACCUAGGAAACUUGAUCGUCCACGUCCUGCAGGCUAGAAACCUGGCACCAAGGGACAACGACGGCUACUCUGACCCUUUUGUCAAGGUCUACCUCUUACCUGGGAGAAGCCAAGUCAUGGUUGUCCAGAAUGCAAGUGCUGAUAACAAGAGAAGGACCAAGUAUGCCCAAAAAACCACAAACCCAGAAUGGAAUCAGACUGUCAUCUACAAGAACAUUCAUUUGGAGCAGUUAAAGAAAAAGACACUGGAGGUGACGGUGUGGGACUAUGACAGAUCUUCCUCCAAUGACUUCCUUGGAGAAGUGUUGAUUGACUUGUCAAACACUGCCCAGUUGGACAACACUCCUCGCUGGCUGCCUCUGAAGGAGCAAAGUGAGAGCAUUGAGCACAGCAGAGCCCACCAUACUGCCCAAGGCCCACCAGGGUCUGGGUCAGGUCAGGGCCAUGGCCAAGGCCAGGGUCAUAUGUUUGGUCCUGGAAUGGGGCCUGGACAUGGUAUGGGGCAGGGUCAAGCACCAGGACAGGGAGAUGGGAGUCAUGAUUCACCUAAAAACUCUGUAAUCAAGAGCAGAAGCCAUGGAAUCUUCCCUGAUCCAGCAAAAGACAUGCAGAUGAUGCCACUGGAAAAGUCACACAGCAGCCCAGGCAGCUCCAAGUCUUCCUCUGAUGGCCAACUGAGGUCCCACGGUCCUUCCCGAAGCCAAAGCAAGAGCAGCGUCACUCAGGCCCACCUUGAGGAUGCUGGGAUAGCCAUUGCUGCUGCUGAGGCUGCCGUGCAACAGUCCCGCCUGCAACCAAGACCUGGACACCGGCUGGGUGAUGUCUCAGGGUCAGUAGUGCUGUCUGCCCCAAGUCUUGUGGGAGAUGCCUAUGGAGGUCUGGAUGGGGAAGACGGAGCAGGCACUGGAGUGGACAGUGCUAUUUUUCAAGUGCCACGCAUUGGAAAGGCUGUUCCCAAUGGCAGUGACAAAAACCAACUUGGAACCCCAGAAAAUGAAGGUGGUAAAACCCAAGUAAUGGGGGAGAUCAAAGUCGCUCUCAAAAAGGAGAUGAAGACAGAAGGAGACCAACUGGUAUUGGAAAUCCUUCAAUGCAGAAACAUCACUUACAAGUUCAAAAGCCCAGACCACCUACCAGACUUGUAUGUGAAGUUGUAUGUGGUGAAUGUGGCCACUCAGAAGAGAAUCAUCAAGAAGAAGACCAGAGUCUGCCGACAUGACAGGGAGCCUUCUUUCAAUGAGACCUUCAGAUUCCCUCUCAACCCGACUGGACACUCCAUACAGCUUUUCUUGGUGUCAAACGGGGGGAAGUUCAUGAAGAAGACCCUGAUAGGGGAAGCCUACAUCUGGCUGGACAAGGUGGACAUGAGGAAGAGAGUAGUCAGCUGGCACAAGCUUUUCGUCAGUUCCACCCAGACCAACCCCUGAGCACCACACCAAAAAGAAGUCACAGAAGAUCAGGGAAAGGUGAAGCCACAGUGUGCUAGCAAUUUGACAAAAAGAUGAAUAAGAGGAAAGAAAUGUUCAAGGAGACGAAAUGAAGAUCUACUUAGUUUAACCUAUUUAGUUUACUUCCUGAGUUUAUAAGUUAUAGCAAGGAGGUGAUUAUGUGCUAAUACCAUAAAAACUCAUCAGUCCAACACUGCCAGCACAUAUGUCCACCGUCCACCUCUUCCCAUGGCUCUGCUGCCAUUGUGCCACU